AGAGCAUAAAGCGCCAGUGUGAGUCAGGAGGUGCUCAGUGUGCUGGCUGCCCAGCUCACCUGCCUGCCAGAGCUCCCUGGUGCAUCCCCAGGCAGCAUGACUGGGAGCCCAGCUAUUUAGAGGCAGUGGCACAUGACCGACUGACCGCCUCUGCCUCAGCUCCCUCUGGGCCUUCCUUCCUUCUUUCCUUCCUCCCUCCCUCCCUCCCACCUUUGAGAGAACUACUGUACCUGGGGAGGACCUGGCAGCACCUGCACAACCCAACAGUGUCCCUUGGUUGUCCUUGCCUGUGAAUGCAGUCCCUCCUGACAGCAUUGGCCACCCUUCCCCUCCUUGAUGGUCUUCCUUCAUUUCGUGCACUUCCUGGCAGAGCAUCGCAGGACGGAGAGCCCAGCCUCGUGAGAGAAGCACCCUGUGGCCCCAAAGGAGCCUUGUGAGCCUCGUGAGGGCCCCACGUGGCUAGGAUGGGCCUGCGGGAGUCUCCCUACUCCAACCGGCUGCUGGGGGCCCUGAACUCGGGGGCCCGGGUGGCCCUCUUCCCCAGCUACUGGCUGCUGAACCAGCUGCUGGCCCUGCAGAGCACCACGGCCGAGAAGCGUCAGCGGCACAAGCGGUGCGCGCCUUACGCCCUGUGGACCCUGGCCCAGGGGCUGCUCCUCCUGCCGGCCUUCGUGCUCUCGCUGCCUUUCUCCUUGGUGGCCUUCCUGUUCUGGCUGCCCCUCCAGGCUGCCCGCCGGCCCUACGCCUACCAGCACACCCCCGGAAGGGGCCCCUCUUGCGGGGAAGAGUGGCCCCUCCUCGAGACGGGCCAGGGCCACACCUUCUCCUUCAUCAGCGGCAACGUCUGCCUGCUGCCCGAGGGCCUGGCCAAGUUCAGCAACCUGAGCCGCUCCCAGUGGCGGGCCAAGCACAUCGGGCAAAUUCUGGCCCGGGCGGCCAGUGGCCACCAUCGCCGCUGCUCCCCCCCUUGCUCCAGGAAUGGCUCCGGAGUCCCCAAUGGGUAUGGGGCCACAGGCAACAGCCCCCCUCGGCCCUGCCAGAGGCCCCUGAGCACAACCGUCGAGGUGGAAUUUGAAGGGGAGUGUGAUGGGGCCGGGGAGGGCCAUCUAUCGGAAGUCACGGCCCGCUUCCCGGCACAGGCGGACUUUGUGUGCCUCCAGGAGGUCUUUGACCUGCGGGCCUCGGCCUCCCUCUGCCGUCUGCUGGGCCCCUGCUACCCGCACAUCCUCUACGACGUGGGCUCCUACGGCCUGGCGGGGCGUGCCGGCCUGAAGGUCUUCAACAGCGGGCUCUUCCUGGCCAGCCGCCACCCCAUCCUGGCCGUCCAGUACCACUGCUACCCCAACGGCAAGGGAGAGGACGCCUUCGCCGCCAAGGGCCUCCUCUGCGCCCAGGUCCAGCUUGGGUCUUUCCGUGGGCAAAGGAUCGUGGGAUACCUGAACUGCACCCACAUGCAUGCCCCAGAAGCCGAUGCCCAGGUGCGGUGCGACCAGAUGACCCUCGGCCUGAUGUGGGCCCAGCAGUUCCAGGACGCCAGCACCCAGCCGGGGGACAUCGUGGCCUUUGACAUCUACUGUGGGGACCUCAAUUUCGACAACUGCUCUGAAGGGGACGAGCUGGAGCAAAGCCACGAUAUCUUCACCGUGUACACGGAUCCAUGCCGCGUGGGGCCCCGAGAAGACAAGCCCUGGGUGAUAGGGACCCUGAUGGCCUACUUGGAGAUCUAUGAAGAGCCCGUGUCGACCCCGGAGAACAUGAAGAGGACUUUGGAGCAGCCGGAUGGACGCAAGAAGUUCCUGGCCGGGCCGGUGUUGGCGGAUGGGCAGCCGGACCCCUCGGCCACUGGGUGUGAAGGCCGGCGCCUGGACUACAUCCUGUACCGGGAGCACCCUGGCUCUCUGGGCCUUAGAACGGCUGUGGAGAAGGUCUCCUUCAUCACCCAGCUGGCCACCUGCUCUGACCACCUGCCCUUUGGCCUGCGCCUCCACGUGACCCCCACCAUGCAUGCCGAAGAAGCCUGAACUCUGCCUGCCCCCAGGAGGCAAAGAAGAUGACUCUGGGGAGCUGGGACCCCCCCUCUGAACGCCCUGCCAUUGGGGGCCCAGAGGAGCGCCCGGCCCAGAGGGGGGCCUCACGGGUUCCAUGUGGGGCGGAAGGAAACGGAAGGGCAGC